GAUAAUGAUUCCUUUACUAUGGUAGAAGCUGCCAAAAUGAUCACCAAAGCAUAUGACCUCUGCUUUUCAAACAAGUUUCUACAAGCAAAGGCAGACAUAGAGCCAUGGAUCAACAAAAGCAUGUACCAUGCAGUUGCAUACAGCAGUAUUAUGUGCAUUCAAGCUCUGUUGAAAUUUGAACAGCCAGCAAUUCAAAAGGCAAGUGAAAGUGUCAAGUUGGCUGUGAAUAUCUGUGAGAGACAAAGGAAAAAGCCAACAUGGUCAGAGACAUUUUCAAGCUGGAUAUGGAGUUCUGCAUAUGAUGAGUUUUCCAUGGAAGAGAAGCAUGCUGAGCUGUGCUAUACAGAAUGUCUUCUUCUUGAUGCUUUACUUACAUUUAUUCAGGAUGACAAUCUUGUCAGUUUUGUGUGGGGAGCUUUGAAAAUUAGGACCUGUUAUCAGAAUUACAAGACUUGUCUUGAAAUGAUAGCAGACCAACCACAUUCUUUAUCCCAGUCACCUCUUGAGAAAGACUUUGAAGCAGGAGUUCAUUUUGGAAUUGGUGGGUUUAAUCUGGUGUUGUCUUUACUUCCACCCAUAAUUAUAAAAUUGUUAGAGUGGGUUGGUUUUUCAGGAGACAGGUUUCUAGGGAUAAAUCAUUUACACAAGGGAAGUAAAGGCCAGAGUCUGAGGUCCCCACUGUGCUCUUUACUUCUCCUUGCCUACCAUACAUGGAUUACCCAGUAUUUAGGGAACGGUGAUGGCGAUAUAGAUCAGUCUGAGGAAAUCCUUCAGCCUCUUUUGACAACAUUUCCAAAGGGAUCACUCUUUCUGUUUUACGAUGGUCGCAUUAAACAAGUUCGAGGGAAACUGGAAGAGGCCAUCAACAGAUACAAGCACUCGAUCACAAUUCAGUCAGAGAUUAAACAAUUUCAUCAUAUUUUCUACUGGGAGCUGAUGUGGUGCCACGCGUGCAAAGGAGACUGGGCCGAGGCUUAUCAAUACGCUGGCAUUCUUUUUGAAGAGAGCAUGUGGUCGAAGACUGUUUACAUGCAUCUAAAGGCGUCGUUCAAACUCACGGCCAGACUGGCCAACCAGCCAAUUAGCGAUGAAGAAGGACGUCACACAGAGAGCUUUAUGUUUAGGCGUCUUCCAGAUUUUAAGCAGCGUAUCGCAGGUCAGUCUCUUCCAUUUGAAGACUUUGCCAUCCAUAAGGCAAACAAGUAUUUUGAACAAAAGGGCCGUCUUUUUCUGCCUGGAGUGGAGCUUCUAUUUAUAUGGAAUGGCUUCAAAGUCCUCGCUCACAGACCUGACUUAGUUCCGCCUCUAAUGAAACUAGUGGAGAGUUCUUUACAUAAACUAAAGCAAACAAAAGAAGAGAAUGAAAAUUACGUAGACGACUUGUGUUUGGGUAAACUCCUGCAGGGAAUGUGUCAUCGUUGCUUGAGUAACAGGAAAGAAGCAAUGGAAUGUUUGAGAAAUUCUUUCGACAGAUCAAAAGAUUUGAAGCAGGAUUUUUACCUUGCUCCUUACGCAUGUGCAGAGAUUGGAUUUCUGUAUUUGGACGAAGGGGACUUUGGGCGAGCUAAAGAAUAUUUGGAGCGGGCAAGGAAACAUCGUGAUCAUCUUUUACAAAGUCUUCUUCACUUGAGAAUUCACGCAGCUCUCCAGAAGAUUGAACAGAACAGCGUAUCUAUGGGAAGACCACAAGUUGUUUGUGGACAAGAAUUUGUACAAAAUGGAACACAGAACGAGCUUCAAGUUAUGAAUAGCGAAGAAAUGACAGAAUCAGAAGAUUUCUUCGAUGCUGAGGAAGAGUGUGCGAAUUUAUAUCGACAAGACUCUAACUCUUCAUUUGAUAUAAUAUCGGAUUUUUCCGAUGAAGUAUGAGCAUUAAGGGUAUAAUUCAUGGUUUUUGAGGAUUCUUGAAAAAUCUAGCCUUCAAUUCCCUCCCGUUUAGAUUUUUGCUUAUCUCUCCGGUGUUAACAUGUCUACCGUAUAAAAUUAUUUGUUAUGGUUUCGUACCUUUUUCAAUCAAUUUUUCAGGGCGCCCAGAAUGAUACAAAAACCAAAAUGUUAUUUAUCCUUAAUCAGAAGGUGAGCUCGAGAAUCCAAGUAGAUUAUGGAAGGCGGGAGUCAAUUAUCAACGCUGAUUUUUAAAUUAAUACUUAAUUUUAAAAACUUGGUUUAAAAACUCCACUAGUUUUCCAUUUUAGUUGUAAGGAUUUUUUUUGUUUUUAUAUAUAAAUUUCCUGUUGAAGAAUUCAUUGGCGAAAAUCCUCACUGUGUUCCUCUCACUGUCAAUAAACCGGUAAACAGCGGACCUGACAAACAACAUGGGAUUUUUCAACAGAUUGCUUAGGUAGUGCCGGAUUUACAAGAAACAAAGAGCACAUUUAAGGAGUUUACAAUAUUUUACCUCCAGAUGUAAAAAUGUUAAAAGGUUUUCCACUUGCGAAAGAUUAUACAUUUCUCUAAUAACGUUCUAUAGUAAAAUGAACAUUUCAACGCAUCCAGUAAUUUUUUGUUAUGUAUAUUUUCACU